UGAGGUGCCAUUGGUUCCUCCAGCGCUUCCACCAUAAAAUUCGCACUCCGCUGCUCGCGGCCGGUAUAGGGUGGGACUUUUUGUUCCCAUGGUUUGUGAUGACAGAACAGAUGGUGAGGUUGCCUGUUUGGGCAUCACUGUGGGUGUCAGACGCGUUUCAGUCCAGCUGACCUGCACCAGGCAGCUGCUGCUCGUCACUGGAAGCUGUGCGCUGCAGCGUUUCCACUUCUGAAGUGUUAGCGCCGCGUCUCCGGCGCUGGAGAUCAUAUCACAAGCGAAAAGGGGGGUGUUUUCCACAGACACAGAUUUGUUCUCGUUAAUAAGGCUGAAUGUUACUAUUGUAAAACAUAAUCUGCAAACCCCUUCGCGCAUCAUUCCGGAGCUGCGGAUACUGCAUGGGUCAGAUACAGUAGCCUGCAGCAGUGGGAACGGAGGAUACGGCGCUUCAGAGGCUGAAAUCUUGAGGUGACCGCACAAUCAGCAGAGGUCAAGUUUGCACCAGAUGAUCUUCUUUCCUGGCCUCUGCAAAUAACUUUCUCCUGGAUUAGAAAUCCCCACUCUGGAAAGUGCCUGCAGCACCCAGCCCACAGUAAAUAAGACUAAUGCUCAUGAACCUUCCCUCCAAGCCUUUCUCCAGAACACUGCCUCUCAUCUAAGCUUUGUGUGAGCAGAGAGAGCAGACAACAUGGCGCUCAGCUUGCAGCCGUGGCCUCCUCUACUCUGGCUGUGCAUGGGAUUGCUUCUUUCCUCUCUGUCUCCCAUACAUGGCAAAGAAUGUCCGCAUUUGUGCGUGUGCGAGAUCCGCCCUUGGUUUACCCCCCAGUCGACCUACAAGGAGGCAACAACAGUGGACUGCAAUGACUUGAGGCUCACGCACAUCCCUACCAACCUGUCCACGGAUACUCAGGUGUUACUGCUCCAAAGUAACGCCAUCUCUCACACCAGUGGAGAGCUGGAGGCGCUUUUCAACUUGACAGAGUUGGACCUUUCCCAGAACAACUUCAGCACUGUGGAAGCUGUGGGCCUCACAAGCAUGAACCACCUGACCACCCUGCACCUAGAGGAGAACCAAAUCAGCCAGCUGCCAGAUCACUGCCUGGGAAACCUCUCCAAUCUCCAGGAGCUCUACAUCAACCACAACCAGAUAAGCUCCAUCUCCCCACGGGCAUUCGCAGGCCUGCACAGCCUGCUGCGCCUUCAUCUUAACUCCAACAGGCUCCAUGUCAUAGAUAGCCGCUGGUUUGAAGAAACACCUAACCUUGAGAUCCUAAUGAUUGGGGAGAACCCAGUUAUUGGCCUCCUAGACAUGAACUUCAAGCCUCUAGGAAGCCUGAGGAGUCUGGUCCUGGCCGGCAUGGACCUCACUGAUGUUCCAGCGAAUGCUUUCGUAGGUUUGGAUACCCUUGAAAGCAUUUCUUUCUAUGACAACAAACUGGUCAGAAUCCCUCAACUGGCCCUUCAAAAAGUUCCCAAUCUGAAGUUCUUGGAUUUGAACAAAAAUCCAGUUCACAAAAUCCAGGAAGGAGAUUUCAGGAACAUGUUACGUCUGAAGGAGCUGGGUAUCAAUAACAUGAUGGAGUUAGUGUCAGUUGACCGCUAUGCUCUGGACAACCUACCAGAACUGACAAAGCUGGAGGCCACCAACAACCCCAAGCUGUCCUAUGUGCAUAGGCUGGCCUUUAGGGACAUGCCAUCUUUGGAGAGCCUGAUGCUUAACAACAACGCCCUCACUGCCCUUUACCAGCACACUGUGGAGGUAUUGCCUAAUCUGCGGGAGAUCAGUCUGCAUAGCAACCCAUUGCGAUGUGACUGUGUCAUUCAGUGGAUGAGUUCCAACAGGACCACAGUGCGCUUCAUGGAGCCCUUGUCCAUGCUCUGCAACUCCCCACCUGAACUCAGAGGCCAGCGGGUGCGAGAGGUAAGGCUGCUGGAGUCCCCAGAGCAAUGUCUGCCACUCAUAUCCCACAACACCUUCCCCGGCCACUUGAACCUCGAGCUGGGCAUGAGCGUCAGUCUCGACUGCAGGGCCAUGGCCGAGCCAGAGCCUGAGAUCUACUGGGUGACUCCCCUUGGGACCAAGAUCACAACAGACACUGUGUCAGAGCGGUACCACCUGAACAAUGAGGGGACCCUGCGGCUGUCUCAUGUUCAGGUGGAGGAUUCUGGCCGUUACACCUGUGUGGCCCAGAACACAGAAGGAGCUGACACACGAGUCGCUACAAUCCGUGUAAAUGGCACCCUGCUCGACAGCGCCCAGGUGAUGAAAAUCUACGUAAAGCAGACAGAGUCGCACUCCAUCCUGGUCUCCUGGAAAGUCAAUUCUAACGUCAUGUCCUCCAACCUGAAAUGGGCUUCAGCCACCAUGAAGAUUGACAACCCGCACAUCACCUACACAGCUCGCGUCCCUGUGGAUGUUCACGAGUACAACCUCACACACCUUCAACCUGCCACUGAGUAUGAAGUCUGCCUCACGGUCUCCAACGUCCACCUGCAGACUCACAAGUCCUGCGUUAAUGUGACAACACGUAGCGCUACCUUCGCACUGGACUUGUCAGACCAGCAUCCGAGUGCAGCUGUACUGGCUGUCAUGGCGACCAUGCUGGCCUUCCUCAGUCUAGCCACUGUGGGUGUCUACAUUGCCCGCAGAUGGAAGAGAAAAAACUACCACCACUCUCUGAAGAAAUACAUGCUGAAGACUUCCUCCAUCCCCCUGAACGAGCUUUACCCUCCGCUCAUCAACCUGUGGGAGGCUGAGGGUGAGAAGGACAAAGACGGUAGCGCAGAGGGAAAACCCUCUCCUGUUGACACCACACGUAGUUAUUACAUGUGGUGAGGAUUCAGUACGGAGGCCUGGCUGCCUCUCCAGCAGCACAAAAAGACACACUUUUGCCAUUUUGGUGCAAAAGUCAAAUAAAGUUGCAAAUGUUUUUUUGUAUUCUCAGCUUUGCUAUUAAGAGGCAGAGUGAUCAAGGACAGGAUUUUUAUUAGUAUAGCGUAUCGCCUUUGUUUGAUUCUUUUUAUCUCUUAAUUGUUUUCGGACUCUCCAAGAUGGCAGCUGUAUUUAGCCUCCAGGUUGUCUUAGUUGCUAUGCUCUUGUUUCUGUGGUGCGUUUUUGACUCACUUUCUUUUGGGUUAAUAAUACAGCGGCAGGAGCUGAUGGUCUUCUUGCAGCAUUAGUAGAAAUCAGUGUUUCUUUCUCUGUUUCGUAAAACAGGUAAUCUGUUGUGCACUGAUCGAAAAUGGAGUUUGUAUGAACUUCAGUUAAAAGCUGACAGCGGGGUUUAGACUUGUUAAACUGUCUACUGAAUGUUAGCAAUUGUGCAGUUAUGUUGUAUCAACUAUACCUUUGAACUUUCUGAUUUAAAUUGCAAGAGUAUAGGAUUUUUUUUUUAGUUUGCUGAUAAAUGUGAUGUUAAUGCUAGAAAUAUAAAUGUUUGGUAAAACAUUUUGAGUCUUUUUACUAAAGUGCAUUAGAAACUUUUCGACCCUUUCCCUGUUUACUCACUUAUUUUGCUAGACUUUUUCGCUAAUUGCUUAUUAGUUUAUUAUUUUCACAUGCAGUCUGUAUGCUGAAGAAGUUACAAUAAAUACUUUUGGUUCUUUUGCAAA